GGCUGAUCAGUGAAGCAGGCAGCCUCGAAAGGAGAUAAUAAAAUGAAAGGGCCGCCUCAGAUCUUCAUUAAUCCAUCCAUUGAUAUAUUUCGACUUGCGAACGCAUACUGCCAAAUUUCUUACAAACAACACGCCGCUCACGCCUGCUGCCUGGCCAAUUCCGUUGAUCGCUUUGCUGCAUUCGCCCAAGCUUGUCAUCAUGAGCAGACUUGAUUCUGAAGUUGUUGCCAGCCAGGCGCCGUUGUACGACGAACCACAAGCACCGCCUUACGUUCUCCACCGACAUGGUCCUCCAUCCGAUGAGAUCGAGAGUCUCCCGGUCUAUACCGAGGAACACGACCCCAACGCACCUAUCGUAAUUCGGGACCUCAACAAUAUCCUAGGAGAUCCAAGCCGAGCAAAGGAGAAUGAUGUAGCGGUAUGGCGGAGAUACAUUGAUGGCCUUGGAGGAAAGCAGACAGAAAAGGAGCGAGAGUUUGCCGAGCGAUGCAUAAUUAAGCACUUCUGGUCAGCAAUCGCAGCAGGACAAGAAGAUGUGAUAGCUCUGUUAAUUGAGAAUCACCUUGUGACAGUGAACACGAAAAUGAUGGGCAUGACCCCGCUGCUAAUGGCGGUUUCUGAGAAGAAUGUGAAAGUUGUACAACAGCUUUUGGAAUUGGGAGCAGAGCCCAACGAGUUUGGUAAUCCAGAAAAGCAUUGGCACUGGAUCUCGUUUGAGAGAUAUAGGGCCGAGACUGAGCCUACUAUAGACAUAGCUACAUUUCGGACGCCCUUGCAGUUGGCUGCUUCCAUUGGUCACUUGGUGCUCGUCAAACUUCUCAUGGAGCAAUACCACUGCGAUGACUCACUGAUUGCUCCCGACGGACAAAUUGCCCUCCGGCUCGCAGCUGAAAAUGGUCAUCGCGAAGUAGUCGACUAUCUACCAGCCCGACGCGGAGGAGGAUUCCGAAGAUGGAAGCAUAAGAAUAUGACUGCAAUCCGACGCGCAAAGAAGGCAGCUACCGGAAUCGGGAAGUUCGUGAAGUUCUUCGUUUGGGAUAUCGAGAAAUUCUUUUUGUGGAGUGUACCAAAACAUUUGAUCAUCCAGCCUCUAGCGAAAGCAUCUGCUUGGUGUUGGAAGCAUCGGAGGGAGUUUGGACCCUGGUGUAUGCAUCAGCUAAGGGAGACGCCAGUAAGAGUGGUAAAAUUCGUGAAGUGGAUUGGGAAAGCAAUUAGGGGAACUGGAAAAUGGCUCUGGAAAGUCAUCCAGGGGAUUCCAGAGGUGAUCAAGGAUAUCGCUGGAUGGAUUUGGAAACUGGUGACAGUGAAACUUCCAAAGGCAGUGGCACUUUUGGCUCGAUGGAUCGCAAAUGGAUUGACUUCGUUGGCCAAAGUUGUCUGGAAUGCGAUCUUGAGGAUCAUUUCUUUUCUGUCGACCGUCGUUACAGCGAUUGUCUCCUUCUUCCGAAGCCUGACCUUGAAGGAUAUCUGGAAUGGGUUUUGUGAUGUACUGAGGGAAGUCUUUAUUACUUUGCCAAAACUCAUCUGGUCGUGGAUUAUGUCUUUUGGGGACGCAAGCUAUAAGAUGAUGAAGCUCAUUCUGGGUGAGCUAGGGGAGAUACUGUGGUGCAUUGGCUAUGGGCUCUUGUGGGUGGUGACUUUCAUACCGAGGAAAUUAUGGAUAAUCUUGCAGAGCUUUGGCGGUGUGAUGGCGAAGGCUGGAUACGAAAUGAGAGUUUGGAUGGACCCAAAGGCAAGAUGAGAUUGAUUGAGCUUAAUAACUUCAUUACAACAGGAAAUAAUUCUUAUCAAUAGCCGCGCACUCGGUGGUAUGAAAGACUUUAACCCGAUAACUUGCGAUGGAGUGUCUGG